AUGGAGAUGGUUAAUCGUGGUCGUAUAUCUGGUUUUAUCUCCUCUGCUCUGGUGGCUGCUUUUUCUGGUGUCAGUGUGGCCUUCGCCAUCUUAAGCAACAGUGUGGCAGCGAUGAUUGGCAAUGCUAUCUCCCUCUCCUUACUUCCUCCAGCCGUUAACUGCGUUAGUAUCUCCAUGGUUGUGGACACCCAAUUUUAUUUAAGUUCAUGAUGCGCUUUUGCUUAG